GUAAACUUUGCUCGCUCCUGAAUAUUGAUGAGUGCGAUCGGCGCGGCCGGGAGGUGCUGCCGCGGCUGCGAGAAGGAGCGCGGCCCGGGCCAGCGGCAGCGGCGUCGGCAGCAGCCAUGUUUGUCAAGCUGUAGCAGCAGCAGCAGCAGCUGCUGUCCUGACUUGGCUUCACCGGCUGCCUCCGUUUCUCCCCCUGCGGCGUCCUAUCCUUUGGGUUCUGCGGCCGAGGACCGAGGCGGCCUGCAGUCAGGAUGGCGAGCCUUGGGGUGCGCCCGCUUCGGUCGACUGGCCUGCGGCCUGGGUUGAUGCUGGCGCAGGAUGGAUCAGACUUGUGAACUACCUAGAAGAAACUGUCUGCUGCCCUUUUCCAAUCCAGUGAAUUUAGAUGCUCCUGAAGACAAGGACAGCUCUUUCGGUAAUGGUCAAUCCAAUUUUUCUGAGCCACUUAAUGGGUGUACUAUGCAGUUAUCGACUGCCAGUGGAACAUCCCAAAAUGCUUAUGGACAAGAUUCUCCAUCUUGUUACAUUCCACUGCGGAGACUACAGGAUUUGGCCUCCAUGAUCAAUGUAGAGUAUUUAAAUGGGUCUGCUGAUGGAUCAGAAUCCUUUCGAGGCCCUGAAAACAGUGAUUCAAGAGCUCAGUCGCCAGUUGUUUGCACUUCCUUGAGUCCUGGUGGUCCACCAGCACUUGCUAUGAAACAGGAACUCUCUUGUAAUAACUCCCCCGAACUCCAGGUAAAAGUAACAGAGACCGUCAAGAAUGGCUUUCUGCACUUUGAGAAUUUUACUUGUGUGGACGAUGCAGAUGUAGAUUCUGAAAUGGACCCAAAACAGCCAGUCACAGAGGAUGAGAGUAUAGAGGAGAUCUUUGAGGAAACUCAGACCAAUGCCACCUGCAAUUAUGAGCCUAAAUCAGAGAAUGGUGUAGACGUGGCCAUGGGAAAUGAACAAGACAGCACACCAGAGAGUAGAGAUGGUGCAGUCAAAUCGCCAUUCUUGCCAUUAGCUCCUCAAACUGAAACACAGAAAAAUAAGCAAAGAAAUGAAGUGGACGGCAGCAAUGAAAAAGCAGCCCUUCUCUCAGCCCCCUUUUCUCUAGGAGAUGCAAACGUUACCAUAGAAGAGCAAUUAAACUCAAUAAAUUUAUCUUUUCAGGAUGAUCCAGACUCCAGUACCAGUACAUUAGGAAACAUGCUAGAAUUACCUGGAACUUCAUCAUCAUCUACUUCACAGGAAUUGCCAUUUUGUCAACCCAAGAAAAAGUCUGCGCCACUGAAGUAUGAAGUUGGAGAUCUCAUCUGGGCAAAAUUCAAGAGGCGCCCGUGGUGGCCCUGCAGGAUUUGCUCUGAUCCGCUAAUUAACACACACUCAAAAAUGAAAGUUUCCAACCGGAGGCCCUAUCGACAGUACUAUGUGGAAGCUUUUGGAGACCCUUCUGAGAGAGCCUGGGUGGCUGGAAAAGCGAUUGUCCUGUUCGAAGGCAGACAUCAGUUUGAAGAGCUGCCUGUCCUUAGGAGAAGAGGAAAGCAGAAAGAGAAAGGAUAUAGGCAUAAGGUUCCUCAGAAAAUUUUGAGUAAGUGGGAAGCCAGUGUUGGUCUUGCUGAGCAGUACGAUGUUCCGAAAGGGUCAAAGAACCGAAAAUGUGUCACCAGUUCGAUCAAAUUGGACAGUGAGGAAGAUAUGCCAUUUGAAGACUGUACAAAUGAUCCUGAAUCAGAACAUGACCUGUUGCUUAAUGGCUGCUUGAAAUCUAUGGCUUUUGACUCUGAACAUUCUGCAGAUGAGAAGGAAAAGCCUUGUGCAAAGUCUCGAGCCAGAAAGACCACUGAUAAUCCUAAAAGGACUUGUGUGAAAAAGGGUCACAUGCAAUUUGAAGCACGUAAGGAAGAACGGAGGGGAAAGAUUCCAGAUGGCCUUGGUCUAAACUUUAUUUCCGGGGAUGUAUCUGAUAAGCAGGCCUCUAAUGAACUUUCCAGGAUAGCUAACAGCCUCACAGGAGCCAGCACUGCCCCGGGAAGUUUUCUCUUUUCUUCUUGUGCAAAAAAUACUACAAAGAAAGAAUUUGAGACUUCAAAUUGUGAGUCUUUACUGGGCUUGUCUGAGGGUGCCUUGAUUUCUAAACGUUCUGGGGAAAAGAAGAAAAUUCAACGAGGUCUGGUGUGCAGUUCAAAAGUGCAGCUGUGCUAUAUUGGAGCAGGUGAUGAAGAAAAACGAAGUGACUCCAUUAGUAUCUGUACCACUUCUGAUGAUGGAAGCAGUGAUCUGGAUCCCAUAGAUCCCAGUUCAGAUUCUGAUAACAGUGUCCUUGAAAUUACAGAUGCUUUUGAUAGAACAGAGAACAUGUUGUCCAUGCAGAAAAAUGAAAAGGUAAAGUAUUCUAGGUAUCCUGCCACAAACACUAAGGUAAAAGCAAAGCAGAAGUCCCUCAUUACUAACUCACUUACAGACCACUUAAAAGAUUGUACUAAGACAGCCGAGUCUGGAACUGAGACGUCUCAGGUUAAUCUGUGUGAUUUUAAGUUGUCCACUCUUGUCCGCAAACCCCAAUCAGAUUUUCGAAACGAUGGUCUCUCUCCAAAAUUAAACACCCCAUCAAGCAUUUCCAGCGAGAACUCACUAAUAAAGGAUGGGGCUACAAAUCAAGCUCUGUUACAUUCAAAAAGCAAACAGCCCAAGAUUCGAAGUAUAAAGUGCAAACAUAAAGAAAAUCCAGUUGUAGUAGAACCUCCAGUUGCAAAUGAGGACUGCAGUUUGAAAUGCUGUUCUUCUGAUACCAAAGGCUCUCCUUUGGCCAGCAUUUCCAAAAGUGGGAAAGGGGAUGGGCUAAAACUACUGAGCAGCAUGCAUGAGAAAACCAGGGACUCGAAUGACAUAGAAACAGCAGUGGUGAAGCACGUUCUGUCAGAGCUGAAGGAACUGUCUUAUAGAUCCUUAAGUGAAGAUGUCAGUGACUCGGGAACAUCAAAGCCAUCAAAACCAUUGCUUUUUCCUUCUGCCUCUAGUCAGAAUCAUAUACCUAUUGAACCAGACUACAAAUUCAGUACAUUGCUAAUGAUGUUGAAAGAUAUGCACGAUAGUAAGACCAAAGAGCAACGGUUAAUGACUGCUCAAAACUUGGUUUCCUAUCGGAGCCCUGGUCUUGCGGACUGUUCUACCAGUAGUCCUCUAGGGACUUCUAAGGUGUUGGUUUCGGGAACCUCCAAUCACAGUUCAGAAAAAAGUGGAGAUAGCACUCAGGAUCCAGUCCAUCCUAGCCCUAGUGGGGGUGACUCUGCACUAACUGGGGAAUUGCCUGCCUCCCUGCCUGGCUUGGUGUCAGACAGAAGAGACCUCCCUGCUACUGGCACAAGCCGUUCGAACUGUGUUACUAGACGCAGCUGUGGGCAACCAAGGCCAUCAUCCAAAUUGCGAGACGGUUCAGGCCAAAUGGGAAAGAACACAGUGAACCGUAAAGCCUUAAAGACAGAGCGCAAAAGAAAACUGAACCGGCUUCCAGCUGUGACUCCAGAAGCUGCACUGCCAGGAAACAGAGAGAGUGGGUGUUCAGAGAAUGGCUCCUUGAGAGGUGGACCAGAAGACCCUGGUAAAGAAGAACCCCUUCAGUUAAUGGGCCGAUUAACAAGUGAAGAUGGUGCUCAUUUUUCCAAUGUUCAUUUUGAUAACAAAGUCAACCAGUCUGACCCUGACAAAAUUCCUGAAAAAGGCCCCACCUUUGAAAACAGAAAAGGUCCAGAGCUGGACUCUGAAAUGAACAGUGAGAAUGAUGAACCCAAUGGUGUUAAUCAAGUGGUACCUAAAAAGCGGUGGCAGCGUUUAAACCAAAGGCGCACUAAACCUCGUAAGCGCAUUAACAGAUUUAGGGAGAAAGAAAACUCUGAGGGUGCCUUUGGGGUUCCGCUUCCUGCUAACCCUGUAAAGAAAGGGGAUGAGUUUCCAGAGCAUAGACCUCCUCCUUCGACGAACAUAUUGGAGGAUGUGCUGACAGAUCCAAAUCACACUGGCCACUUAGAUUCAGUGGGGCCGCGGCUGAAUGUUUGUGAUAAAUCCAGUGCCAACACUGAGGAGAUGGAAAAGGAGCCAGGAAUUCCCAGUUUGAUCCCCCAGCCUGAGCUUCCUGAACCAGUUGUGCGGUCAGAGAAGAAACGCCUUAGAAAGCCAAGCAAAUGGCUUCUGGAGUAUACAGAAGAAUACGAUCAGAUAUUUGCUCCUAAGAAAAAACAAAAGAAGGUACAGGAACAGGUGCACAAGGUAAGUUCCCGCUGUGAAGAGGAAAACCUUCUAGUGCGAAAUCAAUCUAAUGCUCAGAACAAGCAGGUGGAUGAGAAUUCUUUGAUUUCAACCAAAGAAGAACCUCCAGUUCUUGAAAGGGAGGCUCCAUUUUUGGAAGGGCCUUUGGCUCAGUCAGAUUUUGGAGGUGGACAUGCUGAGUUGCCGCAGCUGACCUUGUCUGUACCUGUGGCUCUGGAAGUCUCUCCACGGCCUGCUCUUCCAUCUGAGGAAUUGCUAGUUAAAGCACCAGGAAAUUAUGAAAGUAAGCGUCAAAGAAAACCAACUAAGAAACUUCUUGAAUCAAAUGAUUUAGACCCUGGAUUUAUGCCCAAGAAAGGAGAUCUUGGCCUUUCUAAAAAGUGUUAUGAAGCUGGUCACUUGGAGAAUAACAUUACUGAAUCAAGUGCUGGAUCUCGUUCUAAAGAGUUCGGUGGAGGCACGACCAGGAUGUUUGAUAAACCAAGGAGGCGGAAACGACAAAGGCAUGCUACAGCUAGGAUGCAUUAUAAAAAACUGAAAAAUGAAGACUCAUCAAGAGAUACUCCAGGCUCAGAGGGAGACCUGAUGACACACAGGGCGGCUGCAAGCCCCAAGGAGGCUGUUGAAGAGGGCAUAGACAAUGACCACGGGAUGCCCGCGUCUAAAAAACUGCAGGGUGAACGAGGCGGAGGAGCUGCACUCAAGGAGAAUGUUUGUCAGAACUGUGAAAAACUGGGUGAGCUGCUGUUAUGUGAGGCUCAGUGCUGUGGGGCUUUCCACCUGGAGUGCCUUGGAUUAACUGAGAUGCCCAGAGGAAAAUUUAUCUGCAAUGAAUGUCGCACAGGAAUCCAUACCUGUUUUGUAUGUAAACAGAGUGGGGAAGAUGUUAAAAGGUGCCUUCUGCCCUUGUGCGGAAAGUUUUACCAUGAAGAGUGUGUCCAGAAAUACCCACCCACUGUCAUGCAGAACAAGGGCUUCCGGUGCUCCCUCCACAUCUGUAUAACCUGCCAUGCUGCUAAUCCAGCCAGUGUUUCUGCAUCUAAAGGUCGUCUGAUGCGCUGUGUCCGCUGUCCUGUGGCAUACCAUGCCAAUGACUUUUGCCUGGCUGCUGGGUCAAAGAUUCUUGCAUCUAAUAGUAUCAUCUGCCCUAAUCAUUUUACACCCAGGCGAGGCUGCCGAAAUCAUGAACAUGUUAAUGUGAGCUGGUGUUUUGUAUGCUCGGAAGGAGGCAGCCUUCUUUGCUGUGAUUCUUGCCCUGCUGCUUUUCAUCGGGAAUGCCUGAACAUUGAUAUCCCUGAAGGAAACUGGUAUUGCAAUGACUGCAAAGCAGGCAAAAAGCCACAUUACAGGGAAAUUGUCUGGGUGAAAGUUGGAAGAUACAGAUGGUGGCCCGCUGAGAUCUGCCAUCCUCGAGCUAUUCCUUCCAACAUUGAUAAGAUGAGACAUGAUGUAGGCGAGUUCCCUGUACUCUUCUUUGGGUCUAAUGACUAUCUGUGGACUCACCAGGCCCGAGUCUUUCCCUACAUGGAGGGGGAUGUGAGCAGCAAAGAUAAGAUGGGCAAAGGAGUGGAUGGGACAUAUAAAAAAGCUCUUCAGGAAGCUGCAGCAAGGUUUGAGGAGUUAAAGGCCCAAAAAGAACUAAGACAACUUCAGGAAGACCGAAAGAAUGAUAAGAAACCUCCACCUUAUAAACAUAUAAAGGUGAACCGUCCUAUCGGCAGAGUACAGAUCUUCACUGCGGACUUGUCUGAGAUUCCACGUUGCAACUGUAAAGCUACUGAUGAGAACCCCUGUGGGAUAGACUCCGAGUGCAUCAACCGCAUGCUGCUCUAUGAGUGCCACCCCACAGUGUGUCCUGCCGGAGGGCGCUGCCAAAACCAGUGUUUUACUAAGCGCCAGUAUCCAGAGGUGGAAAUUUUUCGCACAUUACAGAGGGGCUGGGGUCUCCGAACAAAAACAGAUAUUAAAAAGGGAGAAUUUGUGAAUGAGUAUGUGGGAGAGCUGAUAGAUGAGGAGGAGUGCAGGGCUCGCAUCCGUUACGCCCAGGAGCACGACAUCACUAAUUUCUAUAUGCUCACCUUAGACAAAGACCGGAUCAUUGAUGCUGGUCCCAAAGGAAACUAUGCUCGGUUCAUGAAUCACUGCUGCCAGCCCAACUGUGAGACACAGAAGUGGUCUGUGAAUGGAGAUACUCGUGUCGGCCUUUUUGCCCUGAGUGACAUUAAAGCAGGCACUGAACUUACCUUCAACUACAACCUAGAAUGUCUUGGGAAUGGAAAGACUGUUUGCAAAUGUGGAGCCCCGAACUGCAGCGGCUUUUUGGGUGUAAGGCCAAAGAAUCAACCCAUUGCCACGGAAGAAAAGUCAAAGAAAUUCAAGAAGAAGCAACAAGGGAAGCGCAGGAGCCAGGGCGAAAUCACAAAGGAGCGAGAGGAUGAGUGUUUCAGCUGUGGGGAUGCUGGCCAGCUCGUCUCCUGUAAGAAACCAGGCUGCCCAAAAGUUUACCACGCAGACUGUCUCAAUUUAACCAAGCGACCAGCAGGGAAAUGGGAGUGUCCUUGGCAUCAGUGUGACAUCUGUGGGAAGGAAGCAGCCUCCUUUUGUGAGAUGUGUCCCAGUUCCUUUUGCAAGCAGCACCGGGAAGGGAUGCUCUUCAUCUCCAAAUUGGAUGGGCGCCUGUCUUGUACAGAGCAUGACCCCUGUGGGCCCAACCCUCUGGAACCUGGGGAGAUCCGUGAGUAUGUGCCUCCCCCAGUACCACUGCCUCCAGCCCCAAGCACUCACCUGGCAGAGCAAUCAUCAGGAGUAGCUGCUCCGGGACCGAAGAUGUCGGACAAGCCACCUGCUGAAACCAAUCAGACAUUGUCGCUGUCCAAAAAAGCUCCAGCAGGGACUUGUCAGAGGCAAUCGCUGCCUGAAAGACCUCCUGACAGAACUGACUCCAGGCCCCAGCCUGUAGAUAGGGUCCGGGCCCUUACAGGGUCAGGGACCAAACCUCAGUCCUUGAUCUGCAGCCAGAAGCCAUUGGACAGGCCACCUGCAGUAGCAGGACCAAGACCCCAACUAUCUGACAAAUCCUCUCCAGUGACUGGCCCAAGCUCCCCGCCCUCCGUCAGGUCCCAACCACUGGAAAGACCACUUGGGACAGCUGAUCCAAGGCUGGAAAAAUCCAUAGGUGCUGCCAGCCCGAGGCCCCAGUCCCUGGAGAAAACCCCAGUUCCUACUGGCUUGAGACUUCCACCAACAGACAGACUGCUAGUCACCAGCAGCCCCAAACCCCAGACUUCAGACAGGUCUCCAGACAAAUCCCAUGCUCCUUUGUCCCAGAGAUUCCCACCUGCUGACAAAGUACUAUCAGCUGUGGUCCAGACCUUGGUGGCUAAAGAAAAAGCACUGAGGCCUGUGGACCAGAACACUCAGUCAAAAAAUAGAGCUGCUUUGGUGAUGGAUCUCAUAGACCUCACUUCUCGCCAGAAGGAACGGGCAGCUUCUCCUCAUGAAGUCUCACCACAGGCCGACGAGAAGAUGCCAGUGUUGGAGUCCAGCUCGUGGCCUGCCAGCAAGGGUCUGGGGCAGAUGCCCCGAGCUAUUGAGAGAGGCGGUGUGUCAGAUCCUGUCCUUCAGCCUCCCGGAAAAGCUAUGGCCCCCUUGGAGCACCCCUGGCAAGCUGUUAAGUCAUUCACCCAAGCCAGACUUCUUUCUCAGUCCCCUGCCAAGGCUUUUUUAUAUGAGCCAGCAACUCAGGCCUCAGGAAGAGCACCUGCAGGGGGUGAGCAGAUCCCGGGGCCUCCCAGCCAAGCACUGGGCCUGAUGAAGCAGGUGAAGCAGAUGGCUGGAGGCCACCAACUACCUGGACUUGCUGCCAAGAGUGGACCGUCCUUUAGGUCUCUUGGGAAGGCCCCACCCUCCCUCUCCGCUGAAGAGAAGAAGUUGGCAACCACAGAGCAGAGUUCCUGGGCCCUGGGAAAGGUCUCACCCGGGCCAGGGCUCUGGCCCAUGGUGGCUGGACAGACACUGGCCCAGUCCUGCUGGUCCUCUGGGAGCACACAGACGAUGGCGCAGACUUGUUGGUCUCUUGGAAGAGGGCAAGACCCUAAGCCAGAGCAAAGCCCAUUUCCAGCUCUUAACCAGGCUCCUUCCAGUCACAAGUAUGCAGAGUCAGAACAGAAAUAAUGCCAGUGAAUGUCAUGUGACCAGACCAGCUAUACCCCCAGGGUUCUUGGGGGAGGGAAAUAUUCACCCCCCCCUUCCAAAAACAGACCCCGACACUUUUCCGCUGUUAUUCUUUCUUUAUAUCCCAGCAUUCAGAAUUCUGGUGACAUUAGCCAGUGGGCUUGUGGCUAUGUGAACCAUGUAUGGAAAUCCAAGUGGGCCUCAGCCAAGGAGACAGACAGACUUGGGUCUCUUUCCCUCAACCUUUACACAUGGUCAACUUGAAAUAAAAAGUCCACUCUGGAGUCAAGCAUGGGAUUCAAUUCCACUGGUCAGGUUGGAAGGAAGGUACAGGGGCUCUCUAUUUCUCUAGCCCUGCAGACCUCCACCGAGGGCACCUGAUGAACCCCUGGGAGGAACUGAUAAUCCAUUCAAAUCAGUGGUGAUUUCUUGAGCAUUCUCGUGUGCUAGGCCAGGUGCUAGUCACUGAUAGGAGAUACAGAAAUAAAUAAGACCUGAUCCCUGUGAGCCUAACAUGCCUGCCUGGGCUUCCAGGCUGCUUUCAAGAACCUUUGACCAGGAAAUAAUACGAAGAGUUGAGGGGCCCUGAGGCUCCAGGCUCAUUCUGUAAUGUUCCUUGUGGCCCCAGAAAUGGUCGUGUUGAGUGUGGUUCUUCUGGCCGGGUGUGCAUGUGUGCACGUGCAGAUGUACCUAGGCAGGAGGGGCUGCACAGAGGCCAGGCAGGGCUGUUGGCUGGGAAGCCACUGCUGCUUCUGUCUGGGUGGUGCAGUCUGAAGGUCUGUACUUGACGGAACAGCUGGUUGGGGGCUGGGCUCCACAGGGGCAUGGCUUUCCCACAGUGUAAGAAGGCAACUGGCAAGCGUACCUUUUUUACCAGUUUUCCUCCUUUUACAUCAACCCACCCAUGCCUGUUCCCCAGACACUCAGGUGCUUUCAGAUUUCAGAGUCUCGGGCAGUGGACCUAAGGAAUCUCUGGCAAGCUCUGGGCUAGAUCCACCACCAGCUCAGGGAGGUUGCCAGGCCCUGAUGGAAAAUUACUUAUUUUCUGAUUAUUUGCUCUUCUACCUGAAUGGAAGGAGUCCUCUUCUUCACUAGUGGAUUCUGCCACCUUCUUCCUGAGAAUUGUGCUCUAUGUUGAGAGCACUUGCCUGCUGACUCAGUUCAAAGGCAACCAUAACCCUUCCUUUAUGACUGGCAAGAUGUGGCAUUUAGAGAAAUGUCCAGUCUAAGAGUUGACUCCUCAUAACUGCUGAUUAUCUGUUACUGCUGCCCUGAGCUGGGGCUCAAGGGCUGGGAAAUCUGUUGGUGCUACCCUGCCCUACCGUUCACCCAGCUCACUGACUGCCAACAGGAAGUGCUGUUUGGUCAGUUCCUUCCCAUUCACUCACGCCUCCUUUGUCCCUAGACCAAAUGUGUUUACCUCUCUGCUUUGCCAACUUAGCCAGCAGCUUUAGCCAAUCAGGUCACCUGGCCCAAAUGUCUCCUGACCAUUCUGUCUCAGUUAGGCUUUUAACCCCUCAACAGGAUUCUGUAUUUUGUCCCAGUUUCCCACUAAGUUCCCUAAUGAGGUUGCUCCGAUCACUCUUAAGGAGGGAACAAUAGUUCUUAUAGAAGCAUUUGCGCUUUAUAUAAAGAUUAAAAAGAGACUUCGCUUUUAUUUCCCAAAGUUAGUCUCUGGGGUUGAGACACUUGAACUCAGGCAGAGGCACAAGGCUGGGCAGGGCUGCCCCGAGUUUAGGGGCCUGUCCUUGCAUCUCACUUAGACCUCGGAACCUCCUCUGUAAAUUCCACCUGCCUAGUUCUCCCCUUCCAUCCUAUAAUCUCUUCCCACAUCAUCAGAGAGGAAAAGCUCUUUGUUUGAAAGGAAGAGAAAACAAAGCAUCUUAUUUUCUUUUUUAAAAAUUUUAAACCAUGGAAAAGAUAUUUUUAAAGAAAUCCACCCAGAACAUUAAAGUUCAUUAUAUUAAGUAUUUAUCAUGUGUGAGAAUAAUAAGUAUAUAUCUGCAGCUAGUAAGUCUUUUCCCUAAUCUCUUAGGUUGUAUGAUAGGGUUUGCUCGGUGCCAGUCCUGUGCCCUUUCCCGUCAUCUGUAGUCGUGAUCAGAAAAAGUAUCCGCACUGCACUGUUAGACCCUCCUUCACUAUGUUGUGUGCUAAAUUACCGUAGCUCUUUGUUUCAUGAAAUAAACUGUGAAUUUUUGUGUGUGUGUGGUGGGGGGUUGUGCAGGCUAUGUAAAAAUUUGUAAGUGGAGAAGUUUGAUUCUGAAGCAGCUUCUCUGAAGUAGGCUUUGGUAGGUAAUUGACUUGACAGCCGCUCUAAAGAACUCCCACAGUUCAGGAAGGAGUGAGGGAAAGGUGAGCCAUGAUUGGCCACUUUGUGGUUUUGCUUUGGUCUUUUCUAUUUUCCAUCAUUCACUGGUAACUUCCUUCCAGACCUGCCUAGGAAAACAACAUAAGAACUAUGUUUGGUUUUGGGGGUAGGAGGCAGUUCUUUAUCUAGAUGGAUGGAGUGCCAGGCUUUCCUGAGGGCCAUGGAAGGAGUCUCUCAGGUUGAAUGGAAACUACAGAUUCAACUGUCAGGCCCCCUGAUCACAGCAGAUGUUAAUGACCUCUAAUGACCUCUAGGUCAUUAACAUCUUCACACCAUGAAAGCAGUCAUUGUACAAUUAAGAGUAGAAUCAAGACUGUUGAAAAGUGAGACUCUGGCCUGAUGGUGGGAGUGACCUAGCCAGCCCUCGGGGGUCCCCUGGAGCCUGCACUGAGGCCUUUUCUCCAGGGAGUGUGAAUUGGCAGUUAAAAGGAAGUCAUUUCUUAGAAGUUCCUGAUCUUUGUGCAGAAUGAUAUUUUGGGUAUUUGGCCAAGUGCUUGGAAAUUGGAAUCUCAAGAGAGUUUGCCUCUAAGCCAAUUCCCCAGGAAGCCUUUCCCAGGGGGAUGCCAUAGCUUCUUCCAUAGACAGAACAAAUACCUCUCCAAGCCCUGUUAAGUCAGGGGAAAAAAGCUUAAGGAAACUGUUAAAUUCAAAGCCUCAUUUGCUUCUCAUACUGAAGCUAACCCAUUCUAAUAACAAGAUAGCUGUCACUACUACAAAAGCAUACAAGUUUUUAAAUGUCUGCUUCCCCCUACAGUUACUGAGUGAUUUAAAUCACUGUGUUGAUCCUCUUCCAAACAACUACCAAAUCUACAUCUUUGGCACUGAUGAAAAUUAAGUGUAUUUUCCAUAUCCUCUACCCCACCCCACGGUCAGGGCAUGAAGCGCACAGCAGCUCUUUCACAGGUUUGGCAGUGUCUACUCGCUGGAGCUGGACUCCCAGGUUGCCUUGUGAGAACACAGUGGAGGCGAGAAGUCUGGUCCUGGCAGCUUCCCCUGUGGAGAGGAAGUAGGGGAGCCCUACACAUGGGCGGGUUCUGGCUGCAGCUUCUAUGAAGCGGGUCUUCUAAGGCUUUUUGGGGGGAUGUUGCCAUCUUCUUGGGAUUUGUCAACCAGGAGGUCAGAAUGGCCCAGUGUUGUGACCUCUCUGAGAUGGAAGCAGGAAGGCGCUGCCAUGAGCCCCAUUCCUGCUGAAGGACGUUUGGGCUGUUCCACGUAUUAAGACAUUCCAGAUUGUUUAGAGCUAGGUAGCCACUGCAUGAGGUUGGCUGUGGCCUAGAAAGCUUAGUCUUAGCCGAGCUUUCUAAGGCCAGAGUUUGCUAUAGUAUAAAUUGAACUAAGAAUAGAUCGUUGCUUUGUACACUCAAAAAAAAAAAAAAAAAGUAAUGAUGGUGCUAAUUUCCCGGUAUAAAUAAGCACUGCCAAGGGUUGAGGGACUGGCGACUUGAGAAACCCAGCUUCCUGUUUGGGAGGAAGAGAUUUUAUGUAGAACAGUUUCCUUGAGGCUCCGUUUGAGAGGAGAGGGGCAGAACCUCGUCGAAGGCUGUACCCAGCCCUGGAGUGGUCCAAAGCAACACAGAGGUGGAAGAAAUGCUGUGUCCAGAUGAGUGUGGCCAUUGAGUCUCUCAGGGCUGGCAUCACCUUGUCCAUGGCCUCCAUCCACACUGCCUGGAACAGGUCGGUAGAGUGCUCCAGGUACAGGGUCUCCCUUGGUUACCCUCUGCCCCUCUCUACCCCUUCUACUCUUGUGGGAACACCUCUGUUGCUUAUGAAGAUUAAGGGUAAUGUUUCUUAAGGAAGUGGUAGGUUUAUUUAGAAGUCCACAACCUGGGAAGUGUUUCCUACCAACAUAAGCAAAAAACAGCACACAUGAAAUUCUUAAGUGGUCCCUUUUCUAGAGCUGCUUUCUCAUGACUUUCCAAAAAUCAGGCUGUGGAGGGGCUUCACAUGUAGCACUCUGGAAGUCAAGCAGAAGAGCUUUGUGGACAAGAGGUGUGAGCACCGGGAGUAGCAGCAGAAAUAGUUCUGGUGCUUUAGACUUCCAGGGUAGGGGCAGAGAGCAGGUGGGCUCCAGGCCUGAGGUGGGUGCUGCCUGUGUGUGCAUGUAGGUGAGUGUGUGUAGAGGAUGGGUGAGUGCAGCACACAGGAGCUCGUGGAAGAGAUUUCUAAGUCUUGGCGAAGAAACAAGCUGACAAUAGAGAUCUAUCUUUAUAUUUUUAAGAAAGGGAUGUGGGGGAAUCAGCUGAGGUCCAUCACCUUUUUUUUUUCCUCCUCCUCACCCCCAUAGAUUGUCAGCUAUAAGUGAAACUCUUAGUGGAAAAGAGGGGAGCCCUGUGCUAGGAGUCCCCAUAAACAUGUACUGUAAUUCUUUGUAUAUAGAAAAAAAAUUACUGUAAAGUAAAGUUUAACUUUACUCUUAUGGCCCUUA